UGCAAUUGCAAUAAUGAAAUACUGAUUGCUGAUUGGAUUACAUAAACAUGCCCAUCCUCUGCUGGGAGGCUAUUGGCUGAGACCUGCUAGGGCGGGAUAAGCGGGGAAUCUGAGUCGACUCAUACAAUUUAGAUGCCAGGGAUGGAGGGCAGGUAUUGUGGAUACUGCGAGUAAGUUAAAUGGUGCCUGACACCUGAUUUAUGGGUCCUUCUCGUAGUGAUCACGGACCGUGUGCGCUAGGGCGAAAUAAUAGUCCCUCGGGGUGGACACGUGACGGUCUAUCACUAAGGUGAGGUAGGCUAUGCCCCUCACUCUGAUCUGCUUCGGAGUCUGAGAGAGGGGUGGCCAUGUCGGUGCCGACAGAGAGGGGUUACCAGGAAGAUGUGAGUCUGGCUGUGCCCAAACCCUUAUUAAGUGCAGCUCAUUCACACACUUACUGUACCAGGGGUGUCAUUUUAAAUUGGCCCGCAUCAAAUUUCUAAAAAUUGAUUGCACUGCAGCUCCCUGGAGAGGAGAGAGACUGCUGCUGCUGUGUCGGCACGCCCCGCCCCCCGCUUCGAUUGGCUGGCCUGUGUGGAGACUGGGUGUGUGAGAGUGUGGACGUCACUAGAGCUGUGCUGCCCAGACACGCCCCCUUCCCCUCGGCUUCACUCUGGCUGGAGUCAGACUGUGCCUGCCCUCUGUGGAGACUGGGACUGGGGAGACAGCGUGGGGACGUCUCAGUAGACUCUGAGAGAGAGACUGCCUGCUGCAGUGUGCUGCCACCCACCACGACUACGAGGUCUCUACGUCUAGGAGAGGAAGUUUGCUGCUAUCAAUAAAACCAGUCUCUGCGUGCAGGAGAGGAGACGCUUAAACAGGUUUUUGCUCCAUCUUGGAUUUAUUUCGUUUCAGGGAGCCCUUUGCUGCUAUCAAUAAAACCAAUCUAAGAAUGAAACCUCACGAAAAAUUUCAAAAAUUGCAAGAAGACUAUCGUAAAGGUCUUAUAGAUCAAAAGUCUUAUUCUGAACAAACCAGUAUACUCUUCAGUCAGCCAAAUUCAUUAAUUGACCAUCGAGCCAGAGACGCUCCUGAUGUAUUCAGCAAAAUGAGGCAAAAUGUAUACCAACAGAUGCCCAUUAAAAAAAAAAUGAUUCCUCAUGCAAGCUCAAGAGAAGCAUCCAAAAAUCUAUUGAAGAUAAAAUUAUGUCCUAUGCAAUGGAUGGAAAGGAAUAAAAGCAGGCCGGGAAGGUAUAUUAAAAUCAUUCUUGACGAAGAGCCUCCCAGGGUUCUGUUGAAAAAGUCAUCAAGUUAUGAUGAUAUUGUAAAAAUCGGUAUUGACAACCUCUGGCAUGACAAAGAAAAGUAUAAUGCGUCAUACACAUUAUGCUUGAACGAUGGGUGUAGAUGGCCCAAAACCGACUUCCUAAUGGAACACGAGACUCUCGGUGAUGUUCAUGAUGUAUGGAAAAAAACGUUUUAUAUCGGCAGACGAAAUAAAGAUACAAUUCCAGCAACUACCGUUUCGCCACAAAGAACAGGCUCCAAAGUAUCUCCAAUAUCCACAUAUACUGGUACAAUCCACACAUCAAUAGGUCAGUCUCAAGAAAAUGUAAUCAAGGGCAGUACAUCAGUCGCUGAAUUUUAUGAUUUUAAUAUUGACUGCCAAGAAGAAAUGGUACAGCCUGAGGAGAAUGUACUAAUUCUACUGGAGAACUCUCUCUUAAAUCCAAUACAAAAUAGUCAAGAUCCAGCUAAUCAACAGAGUUCUCAUGUGAUCCAGGAUACCAUACAAAACAAUUCAUCAACAGAAGAUUUAAAUUUGACAAAAUCUUCACCAAAGAGAAUGAAAGAUUAUUCCUGCAAAAAACCAGACCUGUUCAUGUUUGAUCAACCAGCUAGUGAGAGCAAUUUCGAUAUGCAUUCCUGUGGCGUUCUUAGCAAGGAUUUAUCGGCAUCUAAUAUCUUUGAAGAAAAUCUGGAAGAUCAUUCCACUCCACCUAUUCCAACAAAAUCAUUAGCAUUCAAUCACCGGCUGCCAUUUGUAGCAGUUGAAAAAAUUAAAUAUUCUGAAAACGCAAUACUUGGGAGAGGAAAUUAUGGAACUGUAUACAAGGGGUACUUUCUUGAUACUCCAGCGGCUGUUAAAAUUAUUCAAAGUGUGCAAAGUCUCGAUCACAUUCAAGAGAUUAAAGUAUGUCUAACAAUGUCACACCCUAACAUUGUUAGAUUAAUGGCCGUUGGACAAAGAGAGAACGAUAUAUUACUCGCUAACGAGUUCAUUCAUGGAGACACCCUACAGAAAGUAAUUCAUUCUCCUAAAUGCCCAAUUAAGCUAACCUUUGAAGAAAAAGCCUUUGUUAGCAUCGAUAUGUCUUUGGCUAUACAAUAUAUACAUGAAUGAAAAAUUAUUCACCAAGACAUUAAACCAGCAAAUGUUAUGAUAACCUUUUUAAACAAAAAGGCCAUUCUGACAGAUUGGGGUUUGGCCCACAUGAAAGAUUCUGUGUCACUCAAUAUGGGCAGUCAUAUGUCCAGAACAAUUUUCCCGCAAAACGGUGGAACUCCCUUAUACAUGUCCCCGGAAUGUCAAAUACAGUACGAAGCUGCAACCUACCAAUCCGAUAUUUGGUCUUUUGGAAUUUUACUUGUAGAAUUAUUUAGCGGCAAAUGCGCGUGGAAUGUGAAGGACAUGAUCUCUUUUAAAAGAUUGCUUUCCAGAAAUACAUAACCGCAUGGCCUUGCUGAUGUUCCUGCAUCAGUUAAAGAGAUUGUUACAUGCUGUGUUAAGUACAAUAGAUACGAACGCCCAUCUCCCACACAAGUAAUCCGGUUUUUAAAAAAAAUUCCAAAUUUGGAUUUCUGUAACCACUAUGGUUACAUGUGGUAAGAUGGUUUCUGUCUACUGGACCUCCUUUUGCGCUCCACUACUGUUGCAACAAUUUCUUUAAAGGGAUACUGUCAUGGGAAAAAAAAUUUUUCAAAA